CGGUCCCAUAGCCAGUGAGGCCCUGGUGCAGCGUGUGUGCAGGGUUGGGGGGCACGACUGGACUGGGAAUCCUGGCAGUGCGGGACGGGUAAGCCCCUGUAUUGUCCCUGUUGCCACAUAAUCAAUUGCCAGGGCUCCGUCCCAAGCAAGCCAGCCCCCCUGGAGGGCACCGGGUCUGGGAGGGGGGCUGUGUGCCUUUCCCUGGGAAACCACGCCAUGGAAAGCCUUAGAAAAUCAAAAGUCCCUCUGACAAAGCAAGGCUGGAAAUCCCCUCCUUCAGCCAGCCCAGAAGGGCCGGGGCUUCCGGGAACUGCACUGAAUUCUUCUCUAAACAUAUAAAGCAGCUCCCGGACAGCUCAGUCAGCGCCCUGCCUUCCCCACAGGACGAGCCCGGCUGCUCCCCAGGGAGGGAUCCGGCCCCAGAGCCCCCAGGAAAACUUUGCGUUCAGCGCCAUGGCACAACCUGUCCCUGUCCUGCUCUGGGCCUGGGGCACGCUGACAGCUCUGGCAGGGGCCGCGCAGGGCUCGUUUGAGGUGAGCGUUUCGCCGGAAGCUGCCGUGGUGGAGCACGGAGGGUCCGUCUGGAUAAACUGCAGCACCACGUGCCGGGAUCCUGGUGCCAGCGGUGGCCUCGAGACCUCGCUCAUCAAAACCGAUAGGAAAAAUGGAUCCAGCUGGGUGGCCUUUCGCCUCCUCAAUAUCAAGGAGUGGGCGUCGUCCCCUCAGUGCUACUUCACCUGCAAUGGAAAUAUAAAGCUGGUGACUGCAAACAUCUCCGCUUACCGGGCACCGGAGCGGGUGGUGCUGGAGCCGCUCCCCGAGAUGGAGCUGGGCCAGGCCUAUAACGUGAUGUGCCGGGUUCUGAAUGUGGCUCCCGUCACACACCUCACCGUGACCCUCCGGCGGGGAGGAGAGACCCUGCACACGGAGACCUUCCAGAACCACACCGGGACCGGACCCGAUGACAUCACAGUGAUCACGGAGAUCACCCCUCAGCGAUCGGACCACGGGCAGGAGAUCACCUGCCACACCGCCCUGGACCUGCACGGGUCCCACUUUGAAAACAGCUCCUCUGCGGUGGAACUCAAGGUUUAUGGGGCCGCGCAGGGCUCGUUUGAGGUGAGCGUUUCGCCGGAAGCUGCCAUGGUGGAGCACGGAGGGUCCGUCUGGAUAAACUGCAGCACCACGUGCCAGGUUCCUGGUGCCAGCGGCGGCCUCGAGACCUCGCUCAUCAAAACCGAUAGGAAAAAUGGAUCCAGCUGGGUAGCCUUUCGCCUCGUCAAUAUCAAGGAGUGGGCGUCGUCCCCUCAGUGCUACUUCACCUGCGGUGGAACUAUAAAGCUGGUGACUGCAAACAUCUCCGCUUACCGGGCGCCGGAGCGGGUGGUGCUGGAGCCGCUCCCCGAGAUGGAGCUGGGCCAGGCCUAUAACGUGACGUGCUGGGUUCUGAACGUGGCUCCCGUCACACACCUCACCGUGACCCUCCGGCGGGGAGGAGAGACCCUGCACACGGAGACCUUCCAGAACCACACCGGGACCGGACCCGAUGACAUCACAGUGAUCACGGAGAUCACCCCUCAGCGAUCGGACCACGGGCAGGAGAUCACCUGCCACACCGCCCUGGACCUGCACGGGUCCCACUUCAAAAACAGCUCCUCUGCGGUGGAACUCAAGGUUUAUGAUCUCCCAGAGGAGCCAUGGCUCCAAACCUCCCGCUAUAUCGAGGUGGGCGCCAGGCCGCUCGCCCGCUGUUGGGUGGCCGGGGUCUUCCCCGUCGCGGGAGAGGCCCGGUUCACCCUGUCCUUUGGGGGAGUGAGCCUGAACUUCACUGUCACCACGUCGGGCGACACGGCCACUGCCCAGGGCGAGGUUUGGUCCCCGUCCCCGGGACAGCACCAGCUGAACUGCACCGUGACUGUGGGGCCCGUGUCCAGAUCCGCAGGGCAGAGCGUUCUCGUUUACCGUCUCCCUGAGCCCGUCCUGGAGGUAACCGAGUCCCGGACCCUCGUUAACAGCAGCGUGACCGUUACGUGCCGUUCUCCUGAGGCCGACCCCCCGGGCGUCCUGCUCCAGCUCAGAGACGCCGAGCGAGUCCUGGUCUCCAGCGCCCCCACCCAGCCCCUUGUGCAGCUCCAUCUGACGGCUGGCGAGGAAGACGACGGGAGGGAGUUCACGUGUGAAGCAAGGCCUGACUCCGGCAUCCCCGCCGUGAAACGCACGUCUGCCAGACUCACUGUCCUCUACGGGCCCAGGAUGGACGACUCCGGCUGCCCCAGGGAGUGGAUCUGGAAGGAGGGGACGGAGGAAACCUUCUCCUGCCUGGCCCGGGGGAACCCAGCGCCAACCGUGGUGUGCACGAAGGACGGGGUAUCUGCCAGCAUCGGGGUGCAGCGGCAGGUCAGGAGAGAGGACGCCGGGACCUACCACUGCAAAGCAUCCAACGCGCACGGCUCGGCCAGCCGGGAUGUGACCGUCCAGGUGGAAUAUCUCCCAGAGGAGCCAUGGCUCCAAACCUCCAACUAUAUCGAGGUGGGCACCAGGGCACUCGCCCGCUGUAGGGUGGCCGGGGUCUUCCCCGUCGCGGGAGAGGCCCGGUUCAACCUGUCCUUUGGGGGAGAGAGCCUGAACUUCACCGUCACCACGUCGGGCGACACGGCCACCGCCCAGGGCGAGGUUCGGUCCCCGUCCCCGGGACAGCACCAGCUGAACUGCACCGUGUCCGUGGGGCCCGUGUCCAGAUCCGCAGGGCAGAGCGUUCUCGUUUACCGUCUCCCUGAGCCCGUCCUGGAGGUAACCGAGUCCCGGACCCUCGUUAACAGCAGCGUGACCGUUACGUGCCGUUCUCCUGAGGCCGACCCCCCGGGCGUCCUGCUCCAGCUCAGAGACGCCGAGCGAGUCCUGGUCUCCAGCCCCCCCGCCCAGCCCCUUGUGCAGCUCCAUCUGAUGGCUGGCGAGGAAGACGACGGGAGGGAGUUCACGUGUAAAGCAAGGCCUGACUCCGGCAUCCCCGCCGUAAAAUGCACGUCUGCCAGACUCACUGUCCUCUACGGGCCCAGGAUGAACGACUCCGGCUGCCCCAGGGAGUGGAUCUGGAAGGAGGGGACGGAGCAAACCUUCUCCUGCCUGGCCCAGGGGAACCCAGCGCCAGCCGUGGAGUGCAUGAAGGACGGGGUGCCCGUCAGCAUCGGGGUGCAGCGGCAGGUCAGGAGAGAGGACGCCGGGACCUACCACUGCAAAGCAUCCAACGCGCACGGCUCGGCCAGCCGGGAUGUGACCGUCCAGGUGGAAUAUCUCAACAUCGUGGUGUUGACACUGGGGCUGGUAGGUGCGGCUGCUGUUCUGACCGGACUAGGCGUGGGGGGCUACAUGUACUACCGCUCCACGAGAAUCUGAAACUACCGGCUCAGACGGAAGCAGGCCAAGCAGGCCGAGCAGGGCAAGCCGGCCGAGCAGAUGAGCCUGAACGGGGCCACACAGAACACACCUGAUCUGGAGCACAGCGUCUAGGCCUGGAGUGCAGGACCCGGAGCCCUGGGGCUCCUCGCUGCUGCUUUACCCCUUUGCCCCCGGGGAGCCCCUGUUAACCCUCGGGAUGCUGAGCAAUGCCAAGAGCCUGGGGGUUCAUGGCCUCUUCGCUGGCAGCACGGGGCCCUCCCAUGUGCACACCAGCUGCUCUCCGGAGACCAAGGAUCAGAGGGAGGGAGGCCUCCGGAGCGGGGCAGACACCCCCAGGACGUCCAGGGCUGGAAUCUCCCGUGUCCUUGGCUGGAGGGACGUCUGGCUGCAGCUGAGCUCUGCCCCGCUGGGGAAGCAGGUGGCUGGGAGACCCCAGGCCCAGCAGGAAACGCCUGUAACACUAAAGUCGGAACAGUUGUGCCGGGAGGGGAACGGCUUUAACCACCGCCUCUAACCACUUCUCCUAGCGAUGGGGAAGGCGCCUCCGAGCCGCACAGCAGCUCUGCCCCAGCUGGGGAGGCAGCCGCACGGGGCACGUGCGAUGGACCCACGGGAUCACUGUGAAAACGGUUCGACACUAACCAGACGGGCUUUGGGAUCGCCGGGUCUGUGCAACGGAGACGGGCUGUGGGGUCCGUUACUCGGAUCAGCUGAAUCGCAAGACGCUACAUCCCCCCCUCCACCGUAUCUCCAGCCAUGGAGCGGACUCAGGGAUACCACGUCUCCCUCGCCUGUGGGGCUGAGCUGGGUGCAGCGUGGCAGGGACCAGGGUCUGCGCUCCAUGGCCCGGUAUGGGCGGGGAGGUCAAUGACGUUAAUAACUGGAAGCGAAAGCCCCCAGCCCGUGUGAAGAGAGCGUAAGGGAGAGACUCGGGCAGGGGGCGAAGGGAACUGUUCGUAUGUUACAGGCAAACGGUGGGAAAUUCCCCUUCGGGACUUUUCCGACCCCGCGGGGGGCUGGGGAGCAGCUGGCCCCGGAGGUGUCAGAGUUAAAGGGCUGGUGGCCUUUGCAGAGCGUGUCUCGGGGCCGGGAUUGCCAGCAGAGCCCGGCGCGUUGGGGGGGCACCAAGGAGCUCUCUGGCCAAGCCGGCUGUUCUC